UGGGGGGCUCUGAAUCGGUGCCUGACACUACUGCUCUCAGCUGGCAUCUGAGGCCGGUACCCGAGCGGGGCAGCCCCCAGCGCAACCAGGGAGCGGGGCAGGUGGGAAGAGCCCCUGCCCGGCUGGGCGCGCGGGCAGCGCAAGGGUUACAGGUCCACCCGGGAGAGGAAGCGUGCACAGGAUCUGGAAACGGGAAAGGCCUGCACAGCCCCGCGCGGGGGAGCAGAGCGGAGCCAGGGCCCCAGCGCCACGUCCCCGCACCCACUGGGCGUUUGGCUGGUCGAGGCUGGGGGGGCGCUGCCAGAUUGACCCCCGCGGAUGCUCCCCUGAACCCCUUGCCCCUGGCUUGAAUCAGGUGCUGCACCGCAAAUCCCAUCACCCUGCGGGGAUGGAGAAGGCAAGUGGCUUCUGCGCGGGGCAGGACAAGGGCACGUGGGUCUUGAGAUGCCCCAUGUCCUGGCCCCCCCAGGCAUCCCCGCACCCCACCGCCCCAGCCUGGCCCCGCCGCGGUGGGGGGCGUGGGAAAAUCCACCGCAUCUCCCCUGCCCUGCGGCCAUGGGGAUGGGGCUCCAAAGGGGUCGGGGGCUAUCAUGGUGUCUCUGUCCCGGGGGCACCCCAGUGCCCAGCCCGCAGCGGGGCUGCCAGGGGGGCGCUGGAUCCUGGGGCAGGGAAAUCUCCUCGGCGCUCCAGCCGGACACUGGCUGGUGACCCCAGGCAGACGCGGCUCAUUGUUCCCGCUGUAAACAGGAUGCGUCUCCGGCUUUCCUGUUUCCGACGGGAGCAAAGCCCCCGCUGCCCGCAGCUGCAAGGGGCACUUGCCGUUGCCAGUGCUGUCCUUCCCUUCCUGCCUGAACCAGCGCCGUGGCAGGCUGGCACGUUGCACCCUGGUCUGACCCCCAUUGCACGGCCCCCAGGACCCCGCUGGACCAGAACCGCGGGGCUCUGCCCUGGCGCAAGCGACUGGGCAGGGGGUGCCAGGCCCGUCUCCAAAGCGUGGCCAGGUUGGGGGGACGGGGACGGGGGCGUGAGCCAUGCCUGGUUCUCGGGGGCCCCGGCUGCAGGGCAAGCUGGACCCGGUUGCCGAGAGGGCGGAGGAGGCCGACGCGGCGGGCACGGACGAGCAGGACAUCCUGUGCUACGAGGAGCGCAUCACGCAGCUGCUGGUGACCAUCACCCACCUCCACGGCAAGGUCGAGCGGCUGCAGCAGCGCGGAGCCAGGGAGGACGAGGAGUACUCGGACCAGUGCUCGGAGUACACGGCCAGCCUGCCCAGGUGUGCACCGCAGCCCCCGCCCCCCCGGCUCCCGCCCCCCAGAGAAGGCGUCGGCCCCGACAUGUUCCUGGCCCUGCAGCAGGUGUUGGCGUCUCUGGAGCACACCGUGUCCGCCCGGCGCUGCUGCGUGCUGCGGCUUGCUGGGGCUGGAGCGGAGACGGGCACGGGCGGCGAGGAGCGGGCCCAGGUGGUGGAGACCCUGGAAGAGCUCGAGCGAGGCCUGGGGCUGUCCCCGGGGCUCGAGAUGGCGGCUGUGCAGGCACCGGGGGAGAGGGUGGCUGAGCUGAGCCCAGAGCUAGGGGCAGAGGAGACCAGCUGGUAUGGGAAGGAAGCGGGCACGCUGGCCGAGAGGAACAUGGUGCUGCGGGCAGCGCUGGGCAGCAAGGAGCAGGAGCUGAGCCGUGCCCAGGUGACCCUGCAGGCUCUCCAGGAGGAGCGCGACAGGCUCCAGAGGAAGGUCAAGGAGCUGCAGGACUCCCUCUACCAGCUUGAGACGCCCGGCCAGGCCUGGAGCCCUCCCGGCUCAGCCACCACCCCGAUCCGGGGAGCUGGCAGCCCUGUCGGGGAAGGGGACCCCUGGCUGCUCCAGGACCCGCUGGCCAGGGCACAGAGCCUGCUCCAGUGCUUGAAGGAUCACCCGGCCAUGCAGCCCCUGUGCCGCCUCCUCCCCUCCGCCCCAGAGCUCUCUGGCAGGGAGCUGGAUGACCAGCAGCAGCAGCUGCGAGGGUGCAUCGAGCGGCUCAAGGGCCUGAACCACCUGCUCGCGGGCGCCCUGCGGGAGUGCAAGAGCGACUCGGAGCGGCUGAGCAUGCUGCUGGGGCAGCACGAGUCCAACAGCACCGCCUUGCGCCUGGCCGCCCAGUGCAGCGAGCGUCGCAUGGAGGCCUUGGAGGUGCUGCUAGCCCUGGCCAGGGCGAAGCUGGAUGCUGGGGGGCGCUCCCCAAGUGCAGCCCCUGUGGAGCACGCUUCGCAAGACGCGGCCGCCGUGCUGGCGGAGGCCAGGAGGUUCCUGGGCAGAGCGGAGCCUGAUGGGCAGGAGGCAGCCGGCGGACCCGGCACGUGUGGACAGCAAAGCCCACCCAGCCCCGAGGAGGAGGAGGAGGAAGACGGGGUGCUGCGGGAGUAUCUCCAGCGGCUGCAGGCGGAGCAGGCGGCCGUGGAGGUCUCCCUGCUGGAGCUGGGCUGCCCCGGGCCCCCCGGUGCCAUGACCCGGCCCAGCGACGCCAUCCGGGCCAAGGUGGAGCAAGCCGUCCAGGCCUCGCUGGCUGCCCUGCCUGGGGAGAGGCCCCGGCCGAAGCUGGACAAGACGCAGCUGCUGCAGGAGCUGGCAGCCCUCCAGGAGUCCAUGGCCGACGUGAAGACCCAGCUGCACCUGGUGGAGAAGGAGAAGCGGGGCCUGGAGCUGGGCACCUACACGCUCGGCGCGCAGGAGGCCGCCUACCUGCUGCUCAUCGAGCACCUGCAGCAGGAGCGGGACGCGGGCUCCGGCCCCCCCAGCCCCGGCAGCAGCACCAGCGAGAGCAGCACGGGCAGCAGCGGGGCAGGGGAGGCCGAGGGCUGGAAGGCGGCUGCCGCAGCACCCCAAAGCCCCCAGGACCUGGAGAGGAUGAUGCUGGAGCUGGCCAGCGCACUGGAUCGGAGCAAGGCGCUGCAGGACCAAGCCCGGGUGCUGGCGGCCUCCCUGGAGCAGCUCAGCGCGGCCAGCCGGGCGCAGCAGGCCCAGUGCACCGGCCUCGCCGGAGACUUCUUCCAGGCACACAGCGCGCUGGUGCUGGCCUACCGGGGCGCCCGCAGGAAGCAGGAGGUCCAGCUGCGGCGCCUGGAAGCGCAGAUGGGUGCCAUGGGCGAGCGGCAGGCACAGCAGGAGCAUGCGCUCGCCCAGCGCAUCCGGGCUCUGGAGGAGCAGCGCGCGGCCGGCACCGAGACCUGCAUCUAGGCUGGGGGGGCCUCUGCAUGGCCACGGAGCCACUGCCUCCUCCGUGACUGGGGCAGGGGUCCCCGAGGUGUCGAGUUUUCGGCAUAGAAAUCCCACCCCACGGCCCUGCUCCUCAGUGCUGCAGCUGCUGAUCCCCGCGGACUCCAGGCACCAGGCUGGAGAGUAAAGCCGUGCUGGAAGGCU